CGUCCGGGCAGCCGAAGAGUGUGGCAGGUAACGGUCCUCAGUGCAAGGGUCAUUUCGUCUCUGGGACGGCCCUCGCCCGCGGUGAUGGUGGUUAGCAAAAUGAACAAAGAUGCGCAGAUGAGAGCAGCGAUUAACCAAAAGUUGAUGGAAACUGGAGAAAGAGAACGUCUCAGAGAGUUGCUGAGAGCUAAAUUAAUUGAAUGUGGCUGGAAGGAUCAGCUGAAGGCACACUGUAAAGAGAUAAUUAAAGAAAAAGGACUAGAACACGUUACUGUUGGUGACUUGGUGGCUGAAAUCACUCCAAAAGGCAGAGCCCUGGUACCUGACAGUGUAAAGAAGGAGCUCCUACAAAGAAUAAGAACAUUCCUUGCUCAGCAUGCCAGCCUUUAAGAUUGAAUUCGAUUGUGUUGUUCUGUGGUUUUAUUUCUGAAAAUAAAACUUGCCAUAAAUUAGAAAACAGUUUCCCAAAAUAAAAUCCUUUUUUGUAUGAUGGUAUACACUUUUCAGUAAUGAUGUAUACAUUGUAUUGAUUUUUUUCCCUAAAUGUAUUAUUUUAAUAAAUAUCUCAUGAAU